AUUGGGGCUUGCUGGCCGUUACUUGGAGAAGGGAAGAGUGGCGGUUCCUGCAAAGGAAAUUAGUUUUCAGGGACAGCGGGACGUUGAGGAGCCAAGGAAGCAGGGGGGAUUGAGGAGUCUGUUGGGAGAGCGGGAGAGACCCGUCAAUGGGAAGGCUGAAAUUAAUUUAGAUGGACUUUCGAUUGCUUUUUUUUUUUAAAAGAAGAGGAUAAAUCCCAGUUGCCAAUGCACUGUUUUUUAUAUUGCUUUGGAGAAAUGGGGUUCAUUUGCUGCUGCUAAAUCCUUGGAGCAUUUUAGAGAGUUGCUACAAAGAAGGCAAAUCUGUAUUUUUUGAAGCAAAGGAGCCACAUUGAUUUUAGCCUUUUUUUAUAAAAUGGAGAAUGAGAUAUUCACACCCCUGUUGGAGCAGUUUAUGUCUAGCCCUCUUGUCACCUGGGUUAAGACAUUUGGACCCUUAGCUGGAGGAAAUGGGAGCAACCUGGAGGAAUAUGUGGCUCUAGUGGAUGGCAUAUUCUUGAACGAAGUCAUGCUCCAAAUCAACCCUAAAUCCACUAGUCAGAGAGUAAAUAAGAAAGUCAACAAUGAUGCGUCACUUAGGAUUCAAAAUUUGUCUAUUUUGGUGAGACAAAUAAAAUCUUAUUAUCAGGAGACUUUGCAGCAGUUGAUCAUGAUGUCUUUGCCAAAUGUCUUAAUAAUUGGCAAAAAUCCUUUUUCUGAGCCGGGAACUGAAGAAAUUAAAAAACUACUUUUACUCUUACUUGGCUGCGCAGUUCAGUGUCAGAAAAAAGAAGAAUUCAUUGAAAGAAUCCAAGGUUUAGAUUUUGAUACAAGAGCAGCUGUUGCUGCCCACAUUCAAGAGGUAACUCAUAAUCAGGAAAAUGUGUUUGAUCUGCAGUGGAUGGAUGUCAGCAUUCUGUCACAAGAAUAUAUCGAGCCUCUCUUGAAAAAUAUGGCAUUACAUUUAAAAAGACUUAUAGAUGAAAGAGAUGAACAUUCUGAGACUAUCGUAGAGCUUUCUGAAGAACGGGACUGUCUUCAUUUUCUACCUCAUGCAUCAGCAGCACAAUCACCUUGUGGAUCUCCAGGCAUUAAACGCACUGAAAGCAGACAGCACUUGUCAGUGGAGCUGGCAGAUGCUAAAGCAAAGAUAAGAAGACUUAGGCAGGAGCUGGAGGAAAAAACUGAGCAGCUGCUAGAUUGUAAACAAGAACUUGAACAGAUGGAAGCUGAACUUAAGAGACUGCAGCAGGAGAAUAUGAAUUUGCUUUCGGAUGCUCGCUCUGCCAGAGUGUACCGUGAUGAGUUAGACGUACUCCGUGAGAAGGCAAUCCGAGUUGACAAGCUUGAAAGUGAAGUCAGCCGAUACAAAGAGAGGCUGCAUGAUAUUGUAUUCUACAAGGCUAGAGUUGAGGAAUUAAAAGAAGACAAUCAAGUAUUGUUGGAAACAAAGACGAUGUUGGAAGAUCAACUAGAGGGGACCCGAGCCCGUUCUGAUAAAUUACACGAACUGGAAAAGGAAAAUCUGCAAUUAAAAGCCAAACUACAUGAUAUGGAGAUGGAGCGUGACAUGGACAGAAAAAAAAUCGAGGAACUCAUGGAGGAAAAUAUGACUCUAGAAAUGGCUCAGAAACAAAGCAUGGAUGAAUCAUUACAUCUUGGGUGGGAACUUGAACAGAUGAACAGAACUACUGAGCUUUCUGAAGUGCCACGAAAGUCACUUGGCCAUGAAGUGAAUGAAUUGACAUCAAGUAGAUUGCUGAAGCUGGAAAUGGAAAACCAAAGUUUGCUGAAGAUGGUGGAAGAGCUACAAAAUGUAGUGGGUUCUGUAGAAGGCAGUAAUUCAAAGAUUCUGAAAAUGGAAAAAGAAAACCAAAGACUUAGCAAAAAGUUGGAAGGACUUGAGAAUGAAAUUAAGCAAGAGAAACAAAGUCUUCAGAAUAGUCAAAAUCUGAGCAAAGAUCUGAUGAAAGAAAAAGCACAACUUGAAAAGACCAUUGAGACACUUCGAGAAAACUCAGAGAGACAGAUUAAAAUAUUGGAACAGGAGAAUGAGCAUUUGAAUCAAACAGUAGGUGCUCUAAGGCAACGGUCUCAAAUCAGUGCUGAAGCAAGAGUGAAAGACAUUGAAAAAGAAAAUAAAAUCCUCCAUGAAUCUAUCAAAGAGGCCAGCAGUAAGCUAAAUAAGAUUGAAUUUGAGAAAAAGCAAGUGAGGAAAGAACUGGAACAUUAUAAAGAGAAAGGAGAAAGAGCAGAAGAGCUUGAGAAUGAGUUGCAUCAUCUUGAAAAGGAGAAUGAGUUAUUACAGAAAAAGAUUACCAAUCUAAAAAUUACUUGUGAGAAGAUAGAAGCCUUAGAGCAAGAAAACUCAGACCUGGAAGUGGAAAACAGAAAGUUGAAAAAAACUUUAGAUAGCUUUAAAAACCUUACUUUUCAGUUAGAAUCAUUGGAGAAAGAGAAUUCACAACUUGAUGAAGAAAAUUUAGAACUAAGAAGAACAGUUGAAUCUUUGAAGUGUACAAGCAUCAAGAUGGCCCAAUUACAGUUAGAAAAUAAGGAAUUGGAAAGUGAAAAGGAGCAACUUAAAAAAGGGUUGGAGCUUAUGAAAGCUUCAUGUAAGAAAACAGAACGUUUAGAAGUCAGCUACCAAGGUUUAGAUACAGAAAACCAAAGGCUACAGAAAGCAUUAGAAAAUAGUACCAAAAAGAUUCAACAAUUGGAAAGUGAACUACAAGAUUUAGAGUCUGAAAACCAAACUCUGCAAAAGAAUCUGGAAGAAUUAAAAAUCUCUAGUAAACGCCUAGAGCAAUUAGAGAAGGAGAAUAAGCUGUUGGAACAAGAGACUUCUCAGCUGGAAAAGGAUAAGAAACAACUAGAAAAAGAGAAUAAGAGACUCCGACAACAAGCAGAAAUUAAAGACAGUACUUUAGAAGAGAACAAUAUAAAAAUUAGUAAUCUGGAAAAGGAAAACAAAUCUCUAUGUAAAGAAAUAGGUAUAUUUAAAGAAUCUUGUGUACGUCUAAAAGAGCUAGAAAAAGAAAAUAAAGAACUUGUGAAAAGAGCUACCAUUGAUAAGAAAACACUUGUCACAUUACGAGAGGAUUUGGUGAAUGAAAAACUGAAGACCCAACAAAUGAAUAAUGAACUUGAAAAACUUACUCAUGAACUUGAAAAGAUAGGUUUAAAUAAAGAGCGCCUCUUGCAUGAUGAACAGAGCACAGAUGACAGUAGGUACAAGCUUUUGGAGUCAAAAUUAGAGUCUACACUAAAGAAGUCUCUAGAAAUAAAAGAAGAAAAAAUUGCGGCUUUGGAAGCUCGUUUAGAAGAGUCAACAAAUUUAAACCAGCAGCUGCGCCAGGAACUUAAAACAGUGAAAAAAAACUAUGAAGCUCUCAAGCAAAGACAAGAGGAGGAAAGGAUGGUACAGAAUUCUCCUCCAAGAACUGGUGAAGAAGCCCAGUCUGUCAAUAAAUGGGAAAAGGAAAAUCAGGAAACUACUAGAGAACUGUUGAAGGUUAAAGAUAGAUUAAUAGAAGUAGAAAGGAAUAAUGCUACCCUGCAGGCAGAGAAACAAGCACUGAAAACUCAACUAAAGCAACUUGAGACCCAGAACAAUAAUCUACAAGCUCAGAUUCUGUCACUUCAGAGACAGACUGUUUCUUUACAGGAGCAAAAUACAACCUUACAAACUCAGAAUGCCAAGCUUCAGGUUGAAAAUUCUACCCUUAAUUCUCAAAGUACAUCUCUUAUGAAUCAGAAUGCACAACUGCUGAUCCAACAGUCUGCCUUGGAAAAUGAAAAUGAAUCUAUAUUCAAGGAACGAGAGGAUCUGAAGUCAUUGUAUGAUUCACUGGUCAAAGAUCAUGAAAAACUGGAACAUCUUCAUGAACGUCAAGCUUCCGAAUAUGAAUCUCUAAUUGCCAAACAUGGAAGCCUCAAGUCUGCACACAAAAAUCUUGAGGUGGAACAUAAGGACUUAGAAGAUAGGUACAAUCAGUUGCUGAAACAAAAAGUGCAAUUAGAGGAGUUGGAAAAAGUGCUCAAAGUAGAACAAGAGAAAAUGUUGCUGCAAAGCAAAAAACAUGAAACUGUAGCAGCAGAAUACAAAAAACUUUGUGAUGAAAAUGAUAGGCUAAAUCAUACAUACAAUCAACUUUUAAGAGAGAAUGAAGUUCUUCAAACUGACCAUAAGAAUUUGAAAAGCUUAUUGAACAAUUCUAAACUAGAACAAACACGAUUAGAAGCUGAAUUUUCUAAACUGAAAGAACAGUACCAACAACUGGAUAUUACAUCUACAAAACUGAAUAAUCAGUGUGAAUUGCUUAGCCAGCUUAAAGGAAAUCUGGAGGAAGAAAACAGACAUCUACUUGAUCAAAUUCAGACAUUAAUGCUACAGAAUAGAACAUUACUGGAGCAGAAUAUGGAAAGCAAGGAUCUUUUUCACGUUGAACAAAGACAGUACAUUGACAAGUUAAAUGAAUUGAGACGACAAAAGGAGAAAUUAGAGGAGAAGAUUAUGGAUCAGUAUAAAUUUUAUGAGCCAUCCCCCCCCAGAAGAAGGGGCAAUUGGAUUACUCUAAAAAUGAGGAAAUUGAUAAAAUCUAAGAAAGAUGUUAACCGUGAUCGUCUGAAGUCUCUGACUCUUACACCUACCCGUUCGGAGUCCAGUGAAGGAUUUCUUCAGCUACCCCAUCAGGACAGUCAAGAUAGUUCCUCUGUGGGCUCAAACUCUCUUGAAGAUGGCCAGACACUAGGAACCAAAAAGAGCAGUAUGAUUGCACUGAAAAGACUGCCCUUUUUGAGGAACAGACCGAAGGAAAAAGACAAAAUGAAGGCAAUCUACCGUCGCUCCAUGUCCAUGAAUGACCUGGUGCAGUCCAUGGUCCUAGCAGGAGGACAAUGGACAGGUAGUUCUGAGCAUCUGGAGGGCCCUGAUGAUGUAUCUACGGGUAAAAGGAAAAAAGAAUUGGGAGCUAUGGCCUUCUCUACUACAGCUAUCAACUUUGCAACUGUCAACUCUUCUUCAGGCUUCAGAUCCAAGCAAUUGCUACAUAAUAAAGAUACUACAUCCUUUGAAGAUGUAAGUCCACAAGGCAUUAGUGAUGAUUCUAGUACAGGAUCAAGAAUUCAUGCUUCCAGACCAGCCAGCCUUGAUAGUGGCAGAACAUCCACUAGUAAUAGCAAUAACAAUGCUUCACUUCAUGAAGUCAAAGCAGGUGGAAUUAACAACCAAAGUAGGCCACAAAGUCACAGCAGUGGAGAAUUUAGUCUGCUUCAUGAACAUGAGGCUUGGUCUAGCAGCAGCAGCAGUCCCAUCCAGUAUUUGAAAAGUCACACCAAGUCGAGUCCCAUGAUCCAGGGAAAAAUGCCUGAAACAGUGGAUAAUCAAGGAAAGCAGAAGAUCAAAACUGGUUCUCCUGGAAGUGAGGUUGUUACUCUGCAGCAGUUUUUAGAAGAAAGCAACAAGGUUACUUCUACAGAGAUAAAGUGUGCAAGCCAAGAGAAUCUUUUAGAUGAAGUAAUGAAAAGUUUGUCUGAGUCUGCUGAGUUGGCAGGAAAAGAAAAGCUAAGGAAACAGUCGUCUGUCAGCAGUGGUAUCGUCAGGUCAUUAAGUGUGAAAAACACAGUUGACUUCUCAGAUGGAAGGUCAGCUAAACCUGAACAGCUUGUAAGGCCCAGCCCUCGUAAAACUGAAGAUACCUACUUUACCAGUUCUCCAAUAAAAUUGAUGUCAGGUACUCAAGGAAAGGUCAAGUCAAUCAAAGAAAAAGUACAGACAAAUCCAUCACAACGACAAUCAAAAGAUUGCAGCCCUUAUGCUACCUUACCUCGUGCAAGCAGUGUGAUUUCUACAGCAGAAGGAACUACUCGAAGGACAAGCAUUCAUGAUUUUUUAUCUAAAGACAGUAGGCAGCCUGUAUCAAUUGAUCCAGCACCAUCUACAGCUGAUAGAAGCAUUCCAUCAGCAUCUAAUGUGGAAGCUGUACCAGAAAGCAGAAAUUCAAAAAGCAGGUCUAGGGAGCAACAAAGCUCCUAAUGCUAUUACCCACUACAUGAGAUGUGGGCCAAGUGAGAGAAAAGUGUCCUUCAGUGUCUCAGUAUGAAGCCCUUAUUUCUGAAGUAACAAGACAGUCAACUAUAGGAAUCAAUAAUAAUAAUUUUUAAAAACGUUAAGGGAACUUUUUACAAUUCUGCGUGAAUAGAGCAGGCAAGAAAUACAAACCUUCCUUCCUUGAAUCAAGGAGCUCUACUGGAGUCUACUGAUGAAACUUUUUAGACGGUUUUAGGAAUUGUUGCACAUUGCACUGUUAAGAUCUACUGAAUAAAGGACAGUUCUCAUCUCCUUAAGGACCAACCAUUUAAGAUCUCAAGAAUUACUCCAGGAAUAAAAUGCUACUUCUUUCAUCUUUUGUUUAUGAAUUUAGCCACUGAUUGCUUACAGCUUCUGCUAAUAAUUAGCAAAAAUCUAGCAGUUUAUAUUUAGUUCUGUAAAUCUGAAAUAAAUGCAAUAGUAUUUUGUGGAAAUUUACUGUAUAUACAGAUACAAAAAACCCACAAGCUUACUGGCACUUCACUGGCUUAUUUGAUUAGCAUAAUCUGUAUGAUGUUGCUCUUUCAAAGAAAAAUCUGUGCUGAUUAUUAUUUUGGUGCAUACUGCAAAAGAAAAUUCUGUUUACAUACAUGAAAACAUUUGAACAACUCCAUAAUAAAGAUGGAGUGAUGGAAUAUUCACACUAUGUAGAAAUUCUUGUGUUUUCCAGAUGCACAAGUUAUGCUGCACAGAUACGUUCAGAAGUUCUUGACAGGAGAUUGACAAGAAUAAUUUUACUAGGACUUUUUUUUCCCUAAUGUAGUUUUUCAACAAAUGGCAUUCCCAGGAUAAAACUGUCUUAUACUAAAUGUUUGUGUUUUAACUAUUUUUUUUUCAAUUUGUGUUUUGAUGUGUGCUGACUGUGGCUUAGGAGGUUUCCUUAUGGGAAAAAACAAUGUAAAUAAUGUCAUCUGCAUUUUACAAUCAAUUCCCUCAUUAAGAUUCUCCUUUAUUAAUAAGACAUUCUCUUUUGUUAAUUAUAAUUCUACAUUAAAAUCGAUAAAUGUUAUUAGUACUUUUAAAAUAUUUGUAUGCAUUUGUUGUCUUGAAGACAUUUGCAAGAGCAUAAAAACAGAUUUAGUUAACCUAGGGAAAAGUACAUGGACUUAUCACUCGAUCCCAGUUUAUAUUAAAUAUUAACAUUUUAUUUUCUUAUACAUGAAUAAGUGCAUUAAUAUGUCUAUGAAAAAAUCAAAUUAACUGUGUAACCUCAUAGGGUUUAAUCCAGCAAAGGCUUAUGCACAUGAGUAAUUUUACAUGAUUAGUCCCACUGAUAUUAAUGGAACUAUUCCCAUAAGUAAAGUUAAGCACGACCAUAAGCGUUUGCAGAAUCAGGACCAUGGACUACAUUUACACCAAGUUCACAACGACUAAAGCUGGUUGGAAAAUCUUUGACAGAAACAUUUUCCAUCCAAGAAUGCAGUUCUGUCAAAAUCGAAACACUUUGUAAAUCAUAUUGAUUUUGCCAAAACUUGGGGGGUGUUGCCAGGGGGGUGAUUCUGACAAUGUCGAAACAUCCUGUUU